GCAACGUGAGCGGACUUUAUGACGACGUCAUGGUGGUAAACAAAUGUAAAAGUGAAAUGCCUCUGAACGAGUUGCCAACGUUUUGAAAUGGAAGCUAAUAAGAUGUUUGACACAGUUGUUUAUACUGAUUCUGACGACGAUGAAGAGGAGCACGAGAGGUUUGCAUUUCACCAAGAGACGGGCUCGGAGGAUAUUCCCCAAUCUCUGCUCAGCUAUGUUGAAACCUCAAAAAGCAGAGCAGCAGUUUGUGAGCAGCUCAUCCUGGAGGAACUCGAAGACUUCCCUGCAUCACAUCACAAUGAGGACCUGAUGAACUUCCCGUGUGAGCUCGAUGAGGACACGAUGAAACCGAGUGAGCAGGUCAUCUGUGAGUGCAACACUUCCACUGACACCCGCCUCCCUCCUGCACCCACAGAGACACAACCUGUCACUCACAAUGUGUCGGUGUGUCCCAACAAUGAAGAUGAAUAUAAGGAGAGCGAGGAGCAUUGUGUAUCUGAAUACGAGGCAGAGCGACAGAAACGACUCUGUGAAGAGAUGAACAAGGAGGAGCAAAAGAGACGAAUAGAAAGAGACUUCCAGACGGAGCUGAAGAAGAUAAUGGAGGCAGAGAAGCUCCAACAGAAGGAACUUGAGUUGAUGGGGAAGAGAGCUCAGGAUAAACUAGAACAGGAGCUUCUGCUUCAGCAGGAACUGAUCAGCAAUUUACAGAGACAAGUGGAGGAAGAGAGGAGGAUGAGGGAAGAGGAGCAGAAGAGGAGGAAGGAUGAGGAGGACAAGACGACGAGAGAAGAGGAGAAAAUCAAGAAGGAGGGAAGAAGAGCAAAUGAGCCGCAAGAGAAAAUAGAAAAUAACAGGACUUCCUCAAGAACUGGUCCUUUACACAGCGAGUCUACAAUCAGUCGCACCAGUACUGAAGUCAAACCACAACAGCAUGACCCGGAAGAGAACAUCAGUCGGAUCUCCGUGGCUAAAACCGUGGACUACGAGGAUCAAGCAGCAAGGCCUGCAUCUGUUCUCUCCUCCGUGUGCCUCUCAGAGCACACGGAGGGGAAGAGGCUGGCCUGGAUGAAGGACUGCGUGCCCUGGUCCAAACUCUCCCUCCAGAACAGGAGCAAGCAGAGAGGAUCUGCCCGCAGUCGGAGAGGGCCGAGGGGGGCUGCCAGGUCCAGCGGUCUGCCCCCUCUCUGCCCGGACUCCCUGCUUCAGUCCACAGGCUGGAAAUCCCUGCAAGAGGUGACCACAGUGACCCUGGAGGACUUGCCCGGCCGUGGCUUAUCCACUCUUGCUCAGUGUACCCAACUCCGGUCCCUCACCCUCAGACGCUGUGGCCUCAAAUCCCUGGAAGGUAUCAACCGGUUACCACAGCUCUGCUACAUCGAUGUGCAGGAAAAUGACAUCUCAUUUGUCGACUGUGAGAAUAUGAGCGGCUUACGGGUUCUUCAUCUCGGCCACAACAAGCUGACGUCCAUCCACGGUUUAACCGGCGCCGAAAAUGUGGACGUUCUGGACCUCUCGCACAACUCCAUCACCCGCAUUGCUGAUCUGAAGUCCAUGAGGAGACUGCAGAGGUUGUCAGUGGACCACAACCAGCUGAUCAGCACCAAAGGACUGAGGGACGUCUACACUCUCCUGCACCUGAGCUGCUCGCACAACCACCUGGCGAGCGUGGAGGGUCUGGAGAACAGCUCUCUGCUCAACACGCUGGAUCUGAGAGCCAACAGCCUCACCGAGCCCCCCAGUCUGAACAACCAGGUCCUCCUCAGAGAGCUGCAUCUAGACGACAACAGCAUCUCCUCCCUGCAGGGCCUCGCUGCCUGCUGGCUCCCCCUCAUGCAACAUCUGUCUGUGGCCCAGAACAGAAUUACCCAGCUGCCCCCCAUGUCUGAUUCUGUGUCGCUUGCAAAUCUGGAUCUUCGAUUCAACUGCAUGUCAGAGCUCCAGAAUGUGUGUGAGAGUCUGGAGGGAUGUGUGUUCCUGCGAGAGGUCCACCUCACAGGGAAUCCUCUUCAGCAGGACAGUGGCUGGAGGUCCACUCUGCAGAGAGCAGUGCCCGGCCUGAGGGCCAUCGAUGACCAGCAGACCGACUCUUUUCUAACGCCCCCCGCUGUUCAGCAGCUCAGCCCGGCCUCGGGCAGCUUCCUAGAGUUCUGUCAGGCUCAGCUUCAGCAGACUCGGGAUCUACAGCAGCAGCACAGCAGGGAGCUCAGCAGUGCCUCGUCGUCCCUGGAUGCUGUGAAGACCUCCUGCCGCCACCUCACUGAGGUCCUGCAGCUGGCUACGGACCAGAGAUUUUUCCAUGAAUAUGGUGACACCACUGUGGCUGACACACACAGGGCUGCAGGCCGAACGACACCUGAAGAAGUGGACAGUAACCGUGCUGAGAAGCGUACUGUGCGCACAGAAAUGGAGUCUGCUGGAAAAGUUCCACCAGUUCUUCCAAACAGAAGAAGCUACUGGAGUCGACAUGACACAUUCGACCCCGUUGGUCCAAAGACGGGACCAGCGGUUAGCAAAGCCAUCUCUGGUAGUGUUCACUCCUCGGCAACAAAGAUGAAAACAACUUCCUCCAGUCUUGAAGUGGCACCUGUGUCCAACAAUCAAGACCUGGACCUUCACAACACAGCAGCAGUCGUGAUUCAGCAGCUGUGGAAGAAAUAUAGACAGAAAUGUGGGAACAUCAGCAGCCUCUCCACGGCCGAGAAGGGGGGAGGAAGAGGGGGAGAUGGAGGAGGAGGAGAUGGAGGAAAGCCAGAGUCAGGACCUUCCUACGUUAACGGCAGCGUGGUUGGCCCGGAUUAUGCAGCGACUGUCAUCCAGGCGCUUUGGAGGGGCUUCGCUCUGAGGAGGAGGCUCGCAUCUGCUCUGGCUGCUGUCACAUGCCCCGACGCCGGAGACGACGACACCUUUGAGGAGGUGGACGUGGAUGAAUUCGUCUUCGAUGAGGAAGCGCUGGAGAAACCCUGGACAUUGUCGUUUUCUGAGGACUUACCUCCCAGACGUUACCCUGCAUCAGAGCAGCCGCUGUCUCUGAAGCCUCCUGGGCACUUUCCUGAACCCUCCCAGUACAUCCUCCCAUCAACACCUGUAUGGAGGCCAAAGCAGGCCUGGCUGCCUGGAGAACAGGUGGACUCUGAUGGACAGAGAGUUUCCCCAGAGAGCUCCAACAGGACUUUUAAUGAUUUCAGCAGCAAAUCUCCUGCUUCGACGUCGGUGCUCAGCGGUCUCUCUGAACGAUCAGAAAAGAUUCUGGAAGAAUGGGGCUUCACCGACAGCCACACGGCUCUUCUGAUGCUCAAGAGAGCUCAGAAUAUGAAGUCGAAGACGCAGUGGCAGAUGAAACGUAAAGAUCCCUCCGUCCGUCUUGCCCUCAGAAACUGCAGUUACCCGCUGGGUCCAGUGGCGGCACGAAACAGGCCGGCACCACACAACAGGAGUGAUAUAAAAGGUCGCGAGGCUGAGCCGGGCCUUCAGCACGCAGAGAAGGUGGAGCGAGUGAAGCGGGAACGAGCUCAGCAGUGGCUGCAGACCCGGGCUGCUCAUCCUGACAGGGACUCAGAGGGCGUGCAUUUCUUACCGGAGAUCAGCUCAGACGUCCUGAAUGGAGGCAGAGUGCAGCUCGUGGCCGACCCGGGAUACACAGCACGUCCACGUCAGGCCAGUGGAUCGCAAGCCGACGACAGUUCAGCUGCCCGGCCCUGCAAAGAACACAGUUAUCCUCGCACAAACUUCUUGGGUCCCGCAAGAAACGAGGUUCCAUCUCCUCGACGGGUCGCCUCUGCUCCGUCUAAAAGGGAGCGCAUCUCCUACCGAGACAACCCUGUCCAAUGGAGCGGCGGCUGGGGAGGGGGCAAGAAGAGGGACAAAGUGAACAAGUAAAACACAAACUCUUCUACAACCACGAACACCUCCUCUGCUGUCCUCACCCGACAACAUCCAGAGCAACUUCAGAUACAUGUGAUAUUCAACCCUCUUCUGAUACGUAUCCCUACAAAGAACGCAGCAUUUCUUAAAUAUAUGUGCAUGUAGUUCAGGAGAGCAUAUGUAUGCUUCCCAAUCUGUGUAAAAUGUAAAUACCCGGGAUUUAUAUUUCAUCCUCACAAGAUUAUUUUUUCCCUCCAUGAAGAAGACUUUCUUUUUUUGUAUUUAUAAUGCUAUUUUACUGCCUGCGCUAACCUGCAGCUGCUCUUUUUACACUGAAAACUCGAGCUCUUUGUCCUGAACAUUAAUUAAGAGCAAUAGGACCUUGACCAGCCCAAAUAUCUUCAGGCAGUUCCAUUGUGUUGAUUCGGCUCAAGUAACGCUGCCUGGACGUGAUCGCAGCCAACCAGCAACAAAACCCGUGGAACUAAACGAUGCGCUUCUUAUGCAAAGGGUGGCAGGAAAUGAGAACCAGCAGGGCUCAGCGCCAGCUUUCAAAAGUGGUUGCCAGGCUGGCGACCAAGCAUCAACUUUUGGUCGCCGAAACUGAAAAUAUGGUCGCUGAUUUUAGUCACCUUCUCUUUUGAGUGAUUAAGAUACUAUGCAGUAAGAUUAAUAAUGAGAAUGUGUGUGUUGUACAUGCUUUGCGGUAUAACUUUCCAUCCAGCUCGAUGAUGGCGGGUACUUUCCGUUUUUUUCUUCAAGUUCAUCUGGCCCUUUUUCAGCUGAAUACAUUUGCAGAUUAGUUUGUGAUGUUGACGGUUGACUCAAACUUUUUAUCCCACAAUCAAACGACUUAAUUUGCUUCGCCAUCAUCUCUUAAACAGAUGUCUUUGCGCGGGCGCGAGAACGCACCAACGCACGUGUCGCUUUGUCUGGUUCCGGUUCCGAAUAUUACUAAUGCAACAAAUAUUUUAAAAGUAUUUUUUUACAUGUGGGCAUGGGUUAAAAAGUGGUUUCCACUGCGACCAAAGGCCAAGAAUGGGUUGCCAAUUUCUCUAAAUGGUUGCCCAUGCAACCUGGCAACCUUUACUGCAGAGCCCUGACCAGGAGGACCUCUUAAUACCUGUGGAUUCAUGUUUCUUUAGAUGCUGAACUGUUGUUUCUCUGCUGAUUUACUCUCUUGACUUAAAAAAUAGUUUGUGGCAAUGGGAAGAGACUCGCUCUUUCCACGUCUUCUGCUCUCUUAAGGGUAAAGUUUAAUAAAGCCCAGAGAUUUAAGUGCAACUUCCCCAUUCUGCGGCUAAAUUUAGCUCCUGCUCGCCAACUGAAAAUUACUGCUACUACGGGCCGAGCACAAACAUUGGUGUUAGAAUUAGAAGGAUGUUUUCCUUAUUCUCAGUCGUGGAUCACAAUGGCCUUGUCUGUGUAUUUGAAUUCGUAGAGCUAAGGUGUCCGUCCGCAAAACACUGGCCGACCGGAGGCGGUGAACCUCAGGCUUGGAGGUUCCUCGCUGGCCCAGCCGCCUGGAAAUGAUAACUUAAUGAAUGUCAAAACAAAUAGUCGGAGCUGCAGAGUGGCUCCCUGGCAGGAAAUGCAUGCCUGUCUAUUUACUUUCCCGCUAUCAUUCGCUUGCACAUGUCUGGAGGGCGUGUUUUGACUGUACGCGAGCUGACGGUGGA